AAGGGAAUUCAGAAUUGGUUGGCUCACUACGGUUUCAAGCAUUCAGGCUUGGAGAUGCCAGAAAUGGUGGGAGUGAAAAUUAAACAACUUCACUACUUCAGCAAAUGAGAAACUGCAAAGAAUUUGAAGGCUGGACAGUGAGACAAUGGAUUUGGAUUUGGUGAAUAUGUUUAUUUUAGCAGGAGGCACACUGGCCAUACCCAUUCUGGCGUUUGUAGCCUCCUUCCUCCUGUGUCCUGCGGCGCUCAUCCGAUUCUAUUACUGGUACUGGCGGACAACAUUAGGUAUGCAAAUUAAAAAUGCUGAUAAUGGGAACUAUCGAUUCUGCUACUCAACCCGUGGAAAACCUGGCAGUAAACCUUCCAUUUUGAUGCUGCAUGGAUUUUCAGCUCACAAGGACAUGUGGCUCUCUGUAGUGAAGUUUCUGCCCAAGAACCUGCACUUGAUCUGUGUGGACAUGCCAGGCCACGAGGGCACAACGCGUACUGGCGUAGAUGAUUACUCCAUAGUAGGCCAAGUAAAAAGAAUUCACCAGUUUGUUGAAUGCAUUGGAUUGAAUAGGAAGCCAUUCCAUCUGAUUGGUACAUCGAUGGGUGGUAAUGUUGCUGGUGUUUACGCUGCUCAACACCCAGAUGACAUCUGUGGCCUAACGCUCAUCUGUCCUGCAGGUCUGCAAUAUCCGAGAGAAAGUAGAUUUGUAAAAGAAUUGAAGACCCUGAAACAAACGGGUGACGUUAGCAAAGUCCCGCUGAUCCCGUCUACCCCUGACGAGAUGGAGGAGAUGCUUAAGCUUUGUUCCUAUGUUCGCUUCAAAGUACCUCAACAGAUUCUUCAGGGUCUUGUGGAUGUUCGACUGCCUCACAAUGACUUUUACCGUGAAUUAUUUCUGGAAAUAGUUGGAAAGAACUCAAGACUCGCUUUACAGGAAAACAUGAACCUAAUCAAAGUUCCAACUCAAGUCAUUUGGGGAAAGCAGGAUCAGGUACUUGAUGUUUCUGGAGCUGGAGUACUUGCUGAAAAUAUUCCUGGUUGUAGAGUGGAUUUCUUGGAAAACUGUGGUCAUUCUGUGGUGAUGGAGCGACCCCGUAAAAGUGCUAAACUCAUCUUGGAAUUUUCAACUUUUCUGCAAAAUAGAAGAUCUGAAAGCAAUAAGAAAUUAGCUUAACAUUUAUACUUGGAAGCUGCAUUGCUGUGGAUUGAAAAUAAAAUGUGAUGCUAUAACACUUCCCAAGAAACACUUAUGAUUGGAAUGAAUGUUAAUAAUUCCAAAGUAUUAAAAGCAUAAUUUUAUAGUGCUUGAUGGCGCAUUCAAAAUAUGUUAACCAGAUUUUGAAAGACUUAGAGCACUGUUAACAAAUAAAAGCAUCCAGUAUAUAAAGAUUAACUAAAAUCUAAGAAAACACACAUUUGUCCAAAUUUCCCUUGCUUUCUCAAAAUUUCAUUUAAGCAUUUUAAUUAUGCCAAUUAACAGUAGUUACAGUAAUAAAAGUUUUACAGUUUUUCUGGUGUGACCUGAUUUCAGACAUGCUUAAAUUAUUAUUAUACAUUAAAUAAUUUAUAUUUGUUAUAAUUAUUGAUAUUAUUUAUUAAUUUCUUUUGACUGCUUUGCAUUGAAGUUUAAAUCAGUAGUAGUUCAAAUAAUCCUUCCAAAAGCAUUGUUAAAGGAACAUUGCUAUCUAUUAUAUAGUGCAGAUAGUCUUGUAGUUUUAAUAUGGAAUUGCAUUGUGUUGGCACCUUUAGAUAAAAAAUGCUCAGAAAUUGUUGCUAAUGGCUACUACAAUGACAUUUUAUUUCAAACAUAGUGAACCUAAUAUUUCACAUGAAUAUCAACUAAAACAAAUGCAAAAAAUCCAGAGAAUGAUAAUUUAUAUUAAUUUUGUUUUCACAUUGAAUAAAUACAAAGGUAUUACACAAACAUAUUCACUUUGAUAUUGAAAAUUCAACUGGGCAAUGUCUUAAGUAGAUAAAGCAACGAAAAACAUUUUAAUUUAAAGUUUAAUCUUACUGUUUUGCUUAACGUAUGGUUUCUUAUCAGUAAGGAAGAUGCUGCCCUUGUUCAUUGUCUAGACUUCAGCUAUCCUCGACCUAGUUCUGCUAAAACAUUGUUGAGUCUGUGCUAUCUCCAGAGCUUCUAUUUCAGGAUAAUGUUUUAAGAAAGAGUAUAGCUUGUGGACUUAAUGCUGUGUACAGUUAUGAGCUGAUAGGCAUCCUUGCAGAUGGAAAACUUCAAUCAUUACUCAAAUAGACAAUGGCUGUUUCCAGAAAUUGAUAAUAUGCUCUCAUUGUUAUUUGCUUUAAUCUGUGAAUGAAUUAUGAAUUCUGUGAAUUCUAUAUUAUUGUAAUUAUACAUAAAAUGUGUAAUGCAUAAAUAUUGCAUUGAGAGAAUAUUAAUUUUAUAAUCGUGGGGGAAAAUAGCUCAAUUGUUCCAGAUGUCAAAUGCUAGAAUCCCAUUGGGGUUCAAGGAUGCACCAAGGCAUUUUAACCGUACUCUUACUAGCCAAUUAAGUUUGUCUCCAGUAAUUGGAGAUGUUGCACUAACGUAUGGAUCAUGACUGUGAGUGUUUAUAAGAGGCUGAAGUAGCAAUAACCAUCAUGCUCCAUUGGAGAUUACUAAUGCUUAAUAGUUAUUCGUGAAUACGCUUUCUGUCUUGAACCUUGCUAUUUGAAAUAGUAUGAGACAGAUGUGAAACUAAAGAUGAGAAAUCCAAUUUAUUGCGAAUAGUUAUUAAUGACUCUGAUAUACUGUUUGUCUGUAGAUAUUUUAAGAUCAAGGCAAUCACUGCCUGGAAUAAUGUAAGCUUAACUAUGAAAGCUACCCUUACUUAAAGCAUUAUAGAUGUUACCCUUUUAUCUCUAUAACCAAGAUUUUGAUUAUAAUACUUUUUUUCUCCCUUUUGCUUUUGAAAAGUUAAAUGAAAUAAACACCAUUUACUGCUCAGUAAGAUGACUACAAAUGAUUACAAAUAUGAUUGAAAGUCUGAGCCCACUUAGUCUAUGAGAACAUAUAGCUAUGGAAAAGAAAGUGUCCUGUAGAUAUUAUUCUCUAAAGUUGAUGCAGAUGAUUGCUUGAACUGCAGAAGCUUUGCAUUUUCAAGAUUUGUUCGGCUUAAACUUGAUUAUUGGACUUAUAAUCUACAAAGUAAAUGCAUGUUUCACUUGGUUUUAUUUAUAAAAUUGUAUAAUAAUUAGAUUUAAUAAUAAAAUGAUUAGAUUCUACUUUUAGAAUUAUUUCCUAGUUAAAAAUGUUUUUAAAAACCAGUUAAUUGGUAGUUGUUCAUAAAAUUUUACUCUGUUGGUGAAGAACCAUCCCAUAAGGUUCUGCUGAAUAGUUGCUAUUGUGUAUAUUGUAGAUUUGUGAGUAAAAUCAACCAUAAAUUUACUUGUUCAAAAAUAGCUCCACCUGCUAGAAUAAUCUUACAAGUGAAAAAUAUUUUUGUGCCAGCAGGAAAUAAAUGGUUCCCUGAAAACCCUGGUUCAUUAUUUUAUCUAAUACUUCAGUACAUGUUGCAGCUGUUCGUGUUUUGGAUAUCUUAACUGGCCCUUGAUUUAUUUCGAUAUACUCCAUCAUAGAACAAAAAAUAAUUGAUUAUAAAGAAGGCUGCAAAUAAACUUUUUUUUUACCUCUUCCAUUUUGGCUGCAUCCGGUUAAGAUUGAUGUAUGGUAUCCAAUUUGCAUGUAUUAGACAAAUAAAAAAUAACAGAACAGAUAUCUUCUGACCUUAUUCUAACUAUGCAGAACUCCUUAUGUAAUUCCCAAAUUAUGUCUAGUGAUAUCUUAAUAAAGACAUUCUUUCAGGACAAUCUGAUUCAAAGAUUAUAUGAAAUCAU